AUGUUAAUAAAUGGGCCCGACGUCCACAGAGCAGUGUAUUUCAAGCAGACCACCAUAAUCCCUGUGCCCAAGAAUGCUAAGGUUAUUGAGAGAUCUGAUUUAGGAUUUACCCUCGUAGCAAGGUUGUUUUAUCAUGUGGUUUCAUUCGGGUCUCUAUUUAAAAUAACACUAUCUUUGGCAGGAGAAAGACCAGACUCAGAGGAACCAGAGCCAGGGACGUCCAAACCAGCAAGACGACACCAAUGCUCCCACUGUGGAAAGAGUUGUAACCAGAAAGCACAACUGAAAGCUCAUGAGAGAAUACACACAGGAGAGAAGCCUUACCACUGCUCCCAAUGUGGAAAGUGUUUCGUCCGUUCGGGGGACCUGAAACGACAUGAGAGAACACACACAGGAGAGAAGCCUUACCACUGCUCCCAAUGUGGAAAGUGUUUGGCCCGGUCAGGGGAGCUGAAACGACACGAGAGAAUACACACAGGAGAGAAGCUGUACCACUGCUCCCAAUGUGGAAAGUGUUUCGUCAGUUCGGGGGUGUUGAAACAACAUGAGAGAAUACAUACAGGAGAGAAGCCUUACCACUGCUCCCAAUGUGGAAAGUGUUUCGCCCGGUUGGGGGAGCUGAAACGACACGAGAGAAUACACACAGGUGAGAAGCCGUAUCACUGCUCCCAAUGUGGAAAGUGUUUCGUCAGUUCGGGGGUGUUGAAACAACAUGAGAGAAUACACACAGGAGAGAAGCCUUACCACUGCUCCCAAUGUGGAAAGUGUUACGCCCGGUCGGGGAUGCUGAAAGAACACGAGAGAAUACACACAGGAGAGAAGCCGUACCACUGCUCCCAAUGUGGAAAAUGUUUCGUCAGUUCGGGGGUUCUGAAACAACAUGAGAGAAUACACACAGGAGAGAAGCCUUACCACUGCUCCCAAUGUGGAAAGUGUUACGCCCGGUCGGGGAUGCUGAAAGAACACGAGAGAAUACACACAGGAGAGAAGCCGUACCACUGCUCCCAAUGUGGAAAGUGUUUCGUCAGUUCGGGGGUUCUGAAACAACAUGAGAGAAUACACACAGGAGAGAAGCCUUACCACUGCUCCCAAUGUGGAAAGUGUUUCAACCGGUCGGGGAAGCUGAAACAACAUGAGAGAAUACACACAGGGCAGAAGCCUUACCACUCCUCCCAAGAACACACUAGACUGCACACAGAGGAGAAGGCUUAGAAAAGCUCAGACUGUGGGAAAACAUAUUACUCAUAAGUCAUUUAAAUGUCAUUACAGAGUCCACACAGGAGAGAGAAAUUACUUCUCUUAGCGUGUAUAUUGAUAUUUCACAUCACAUUGACUUAACAUUCAUCAGAGAACAUACACAGUGCUCCCGUUGUCUUAUAUUGUUGACUGACAAUGUGUUUACCUGUCUUUACCAGAUGAAAUUAAAUGGUACAGGGUAUACUCAAACAUAUAUUUGUUUGUUUUUAUUAGAAAACAUGAAUUGAAUAUGGAGUCUGUCAGUUUGAAUAUAAAGAAGAUCAGGUUCCUUCUUUUAAACUGUCCUUUUUUAAAACUCUUUGUGUGUUUAUCUGGGUGUGUCAUUCCUCCAGCACUACAGAUAAUCAAGUGAUAUUUGGAUGUGAUGCAUUAGUUCCAUUGUUGACAUUUGCAUUGUUGGCCCACUGAUGAUUUAAUGACAUGAAAAUGUUCAGACUCUGUAAUGGAAAAUGUUAAUUGUUUGUGUGUCCACAUUACUGAGUAUGUGACUAACCUUGUGAAACUGUCCUAUUAUAAGCUCCUGUUCUUGGGAGUAUCAUCCUGUGUUGCAAAUCAAUUUACACCUGUGUCCUUGUAUGAAUAAAAU